CAAUUCGUCAUUUAACAUAUAUUCAGUAGUAGAAUAAAAAUCACGUAAAAACAGUUAGCGAUAAGCCAUUACAUCAUACUCGCUCACAUCCAUUGCUAUUCGCUGAUUUACAGCCCGCACUCCCCGCACCUUUCCAUCAUCUCUACAUUUUUACUCUACUACAAAAUUGUGUUCAAUACAAUGUAGAGAUGAGUCAAUGCUUAACAAUUGUCCAUACGAUUCGACAUAAAAAUACUGGCCAAAGUAUGAGAAACGUAUUUAGUUACAUUAACGCGGAACGCCCGGAAUUUUUAUUAAAUAAACUAUUGUCAUUCUUUAUUGGUGAGUACUGAGUUUGAAUCUAAUUGGAAAUCAUCGCAGAAAAAAAAAAGAAAAUUAAGUUUUAGGUGUUUUGUCCAUACAAGAGAUGGAUUCCAUAAAACAUGUUACACCAUGGACAAGUGAGCUAAAGAAAGUUCUGAAAUCCAACGGAUGUAAACCUACAUUUUAUAUAAACAGCUGUGAUACUAACAGAUUCUUUGAAGACCUACAAUGUUUACGAAAAGAAGAAGUGUUAUGUGAUAUUAAGUUAGAAACAGAUGACGGUGCAAUUGUGUGUGCACAUAAAGUUGUUUUAGUUUCAGCUUGUCCAUAUUUCCGUGCAAUGUUCACCAGUUCUGCUGGAGGGGAUAAAUAUGUUGUAAAUAUAAGUGAUAUAGAUUCUAAUAUUUUACAACUGCUGAUUGAUUUUAUUUAUACUGGCAAAAUAAUGGUGACCGAACAAAACGUAAUGGGUAUAUUACAAGCUGCUAUAAUCUUACAGUUGGAUUAUGUAAAAGGCGUAUGUGUUGAGUUUUUACAAAAACAAUUAAAUACUUCAAAUUGUCUUGGUAUCAAAGAAUUUGCUGACUUUUAUAACUGUGUGGACUUGUUGUCAAGCUCUGAAGAAUACAUAAAAAUGCAUUUUUUAAAAUUUGUUGAAGUUGAUGAAUUUCUAUCUUUGUCUUUUGAAGAAGUGAUUAAUCUAAUCUCCCGUGAUGACAUUAACGUUCCAUUUGAAGAAAAAAUAUUUGAAUGUGUUAUUAAUUGGGUAAAACAUGAAUUAGAUUUUAGGUAUGACAAUUUGCCUAAAUUAAUGGAACAUGUUCGUUUGUCAUUAGCGCCCGAAGAAUAUAUAUCAAAGAAUGUAGUGGAUGAACCUCUUAUUAAAAAUAAUCCUAAAUGUGAAGAUUUUGUCAACGAAGCUUUGGAUUUCCAUUUUAUCGUAAAGAAAUAUCGGGACAUUACUAUGCCACAGACAAUUCGUAAUUCACCAAGACAGACUGGACUUAAAUUUCUUCUUGCCAUGAAAGAUUCAUCAGGAAUGGGGAAGUGUUAUACAAGCUGGUAUGAUCCAGCAACCAAACUAUUGCAUAAAACAAAAAAAAUGAAUAUGGAGUGUGAAUUAUGUGGUCUGGCCUUAAUAAAGGAUCAUUUAGUUUUCGCCUUGGGUUAUAAUUAUUUUUAUUCAAGAUCAAUUGAAAUGCUUGAUUUAUCUUUGCAAUCACUUCAAUGGAAACCAACAGCUAACAUGUUAGUCGAUCGAAAUCGUUAUGGAGUUGGUGUAUUAGAUGAUCGUAUAUAUGCUGUGGGCGGAGACAUUAUUGGUGAUUCUCAGUUAAAUAGUGCAGAAGUAUUUGACGUGAGUGUUCAAAAAUGGCAGUUGAUAUCUAGUCAUAUGUCUACUGGGAGAAUUAACCCCGGUGUUGGAGUACUCAAUAAUCUUUUAUACGCGGUAGGUGGUUAUAAAUACCCAUUUUCCUUGAAAUCUGUUGAAUGUUAUGAUCCCAGCCUUGACACGUGGACACUAGUCGCACAAAUGUCUACAAGCCGCAGAGCCCCUGGUAUAGGAGUCUUAGAUGGUAUAAUGUAUGCUAUAGGUGGUGACUGUCAGGACGAUACUAGUUCAGUGGGUCUUAAAAGCGUUGAGGCAUAUACCCCAAUUGAUAAAGUUUGGUCUACUAUACCUGAUAUGCACUUGUGCCGAGUCGCUCCAAAAGUUGUCACAUUUAAGGGAUUGUUGUAUGUUAUUGGUGGAUUUGAUGGAUCUACUAAUUUGGAUUCUGUAGAAAUAUACAACCCAAAUAAAAAAACGUGGACUAUGGAACCAUUUCCUACAAGUGUAAAUGGAAUUUAUGGUAGCUUGACUCUGCUGGGACGAUUGGAUACCAAAAACAAUAUUUAUACACUAAAAUCAUGAUGGAUAUAAAAAUAUUAUCAAAUUACGUCCGGUAUGUUAUCAGCCGCAGCCGGCUCACCGGUGUGCAUAUAUUUAACACGCCCGCCGCCGAAAACUAGUUCAAUCUUCAGUGUCAGCGAUAACACGUCAUACUUUUUGCCGUGGCGCAUAUAUAUUAUCGCAGGAGUGUUUUAUAUUGUACUUAUUAUUGUAAUUUUAUUGUCGCGGUGCAAAUCGUCAGUGUUUUUUUUAUUAUUAUUGUCUUUUUUUCCGAGGUGCGAAUCAAUAAUCUUCUUAUUAGUUUUAUCUGUCGUAGCGCGAAUCGCCAUAUAUUGUAACUAUUGUAAUAUUAUAAUUAGU